AUGCCACAUGGUGUCCUGUCGCUGGUGGUGGCACUGGUGCGAUGUGCCACAUGGCCUGCCGCAAAGAGCUAUGCUGUGCCCAUUUCUGAGAUCAUUGCUGUUGAGGAGAAAGAAAGAGAGGGGAAACAAUCUCAUGCUGGAAGAUGGCAAAAAAUGGCAAAGCCUCAAGCAUUCACUGUGUAUUACAUAAAGAGGGCACAGCAUCACCGCUGGCGGUGCAGCGAAGUGACUUUCUGGUGCAUUGAUGAACAUCUGUGUAAUCAAUGGAUAUGUACACUGAAAGAACUACUUGAUUUACAGACCUCCAGACCAAAGCGCUUGCUUGUAUAUAUUAAUCCACAUAGUGGAAAAUCACAAGGAGAAAGAAUAUAUGAACAAAAAGUGGCUCCGUUGUUUAGUCUGGCUUCCAUCGCGACUGAUGUUAUAGUCACCGAACAUGCCAAUCAUGCUAAGGAUAACUUACUUGAAAUUCAUCUAGAAAAAUACGAUGGUGUUGUUUGUGUUGGUGGGGACGGAAUGUUCAGUGAAGUGAUACAUGGUCUAAUUGGAAGAUCUCAGAAGGAUUCGGGCAUAGAUCAAAAUAAUCCCAAAGCAAAAUUAGUCCAAUGCAGUCUCAGGAUUGGCAUAAUUCCUGCUGGUUCGACCGAUUGCAUAUGCUAUGCAACAGUCGGCAUCAAUGAUCCAGUAACAUCUGCAUUACAUAUCAUUGUGGGAGAUAAUCAACCUCUGGAUGUUUGUUCAGUACAUCGCAAUAAUACAUUUCUGAAAUACUGUGUAUCACUAUUGGGAUAUGGUUUUUAUGGAGAUGUAUUGAAAGACAGUGAACAGAAACGCUGGAUGGGCCCUGCCAGAUAUGACUUCUCAGGUUUCAAGACUUUCCUCUCCCAUCAUUACUACGAGGGAACAGUAUCUCUUUUACCAGCAGCACAUGCCAUGGGCUCUCCAAGAGAUAAGAAACCCUGCAGAACUGGGUGCCGGAUUUGCAAGCAAAGUAAACUACAGCUGGAGAAACAACAGAAGAAAACGGAAAAGGAGAUUAAAAGGGAUGAGGAAGGAGAAUGGAAAGUUAUUAGAGGGAAGUUUCUAGCCAUCAAUGCUGUAAAUAUUAGCUGUGCCUGUCCACGGAGUCCUAAAGGCCUUUCACCAGCUGCUCACCUGGCGGAUGGCUCUGCAGACCUCAUUCUAGUUCGUAAAUGUUCCCGAUUAAAUUUUCUAAGAUACCUCUUAAGGCAUACAAACCAGCAUGAUCAGUUUGACUUCAGCUUUGUAGAGGUUUAUCGGAUUAAAAAGUUUCGUUUUACAUCAAAGCAUUUUGAUAAUGGUGACAAUGACGACCAGGGUAUGCGGAAAAAACACUUUGGUCAGUUCUGUAGAGACCACCCAGCUUGCUGCUGCCUUCCCCCCAGCAGUACCUGGAACUGUGAUGGGGAGACCCUGGAUUGUUCAACUAUUGAAGUCAAAGUUCACUGCCAAUUAAUUAAACUCUUUGCAAGAGGAAUAGAAAAGAAUCACAAACCUGAAUCACCUUACAAGCAACUUACCUGAGCAGUUAAUUUAAGUCAACACUGCAAGAACAUGAAGGAAAAAAGGCAACAUACAGACAAGCAUUUCUGGCAUGUUAAUAAAUGUUU